UCUCUCCCGUAUCAUGCCGAAUCUGGGCAGUCAGUUUCAACCGCUGGAGAACAUCCUACGCACUAUGUUCAUUCCCACCAUCACUGGAAGACCACCCCCUAAUGACACAGAUAGGGAUAUCUUUGCCCUGCCCACAAGAUUCGGGGGUCUGGGCCUAAGCAACCCAGCAAAACAGUGUGAUCUACAGUUCUCCGCUUCCCACUCCAUUUCCAAGCCACUGAUAGAGUCCAUCCUGCUACAAAAUCCAGAAUACUCCUUCGGGUGCAUGGAUGCCCAGCUGUCAGCCAAAUCUGCUGUCAAACAGCUGCGCAGGGAACAAUCCACCCUAACAGCAGAAGAAAUCAAGCAGCGUCUCACCCCUGCCAACACUAGGACGCUGGAUCUCGCAAGCGAGAGAGGUGCCUCCAAUUGGCUAACCUCACUACCGAUCUCGGAGUUCGGCUUCAGUCCACACAAAGGUGCCUUUGUGGACGCCCUAUGUCUACGCUAUGGUUGGACGCCUGGAGGUACGCCAAUACACUGCGACUGUGGGGCCAACUUCUCGGUCGAGCAUGUCCUCUCUUGCCCCCGUGGAGGAUUUCCAUCGAUCCGCCACAAUGAAAUCAGGGAUAUCACUGCCGACCUACUCACAGAAAUCUGUCAUGAUGUCUCGGUGGAACCUGAUUCAACCCCUGACUGGAGAAACACUUGCUCACAGAACCGCCAAUAUAUCGGAUGGUGCCAGACUUGAUGUCUCCAAGAGAAG